CAUUCCUCCCUCCUCCCCCCAAAAACCCCUACACCCCACACGCCGCCGGCCGCCAUGGCCAUGCUGCUCCGGCGACCCCUCCACACCCUUCCCAUCCUCCCCCUCCUCGGCCGCCACCUCUCCUCCUCCUCCGCCGCCGCGGAGGCGGUCACCGCGGACCACCACCACCACCACGACGCGGACCUCCUGUCGCCGCCGUUCGACUACCUCCCGGGCCACCCGCGGCCGGACGCGAAGCACGACGAGCUCAUCCUCGCCGUGCCGCGCGCCUCCUCGGGGCGGCACGUGGCGGCCAAGGAGCGGAAGGCCGGGCGGGUGCCGGCCAUCGUGUUCGAGCAGGAGAACGGGCAGGAGGGCGGCAACAAGCGGCUGGUGUCCGUGCAGUCCAAGCAGAUCCGCAAGCUCGUCGACCACCUCGGCCGCUCCUUCUUCCUCUCCCGCCUCUUCCGCCUCCAGGUCUGGUCCGAGCACGCCGGCCAGGGGGAGCUCAUCGAGAGCGUCCGCGUCCUUCCCCGCAAGGUACACUUACAUGCAGGAACUGAUGAGCCUCUGAAUGUGACAUUCAUGAGAGCCCCUUCUUCAGCCCUACUCAAGAUAGAUGUUCCUUUGAUGUUCAUCGGAGAGGAUGCAUCGCCUGGUCUCAGGAAAGGGGCUUACUUCAACACCAUAAAACGAACUGUCAAGUAUCUGUGCCCUGCUGACAUAGUGCCACCAUACAUUGAGGUGGAUUUAAGUGAGUUGGAUGUCGGACAGAAACUGUUGAUGCGUGAUCUCAAAGUUCACCCAGCUCUGAGGUUGCUUCAGUCACCGGAACAACCCAUCUGUAGCAUUAUAGGAUCAAGAGCACCUGAUCAGAAGAAGUCAAAAUAACUAGUUUUGUUUGUAUUAACUGGUUUCACAGAAUAAGCUCUGCAUUUUUUUUUAUGUUCAUGUGUGUUAUCCAGGCCUUGAUUGUUCUCCUACAAUGAAUACUAGGAUGACUUGUAGCCAGGGACCACUAUACCUGAGGAAUGCAUGAUUUGAGGAGCCAGGUGCUGCAGCUAGAGUAACUGCCGAAAUGUCCGGAAAAUGGUUUUGCCAGUUAGUCACAGACUUACACUAUGCUGUUUUGUUUUGGAAUAGCCAUUUGCAAAUCUGAUGGAAUUACGCAGAGUGUUCUUCUACAUGUAUAAUGAAUGGUUAGGGAAAGAGACUAAGUAUAUGUUUUGCCGUUGCCAAGUAAUUACUGUGUCCAGUCUUGUAUCUACAUGAUCACACACCACUCCAUAAUCUCGACUGUUCUUAUUACGCAA